GUCAGACAGACAUCUAUCAAUCUACAUCCACCUCUACCGUUCAAAAGCGCCACCGGGCCAUCACUCCUGACGAGUCCCCUUUCCUCUUUACUCUCGUUCUCUCUUCAGAAACAACAAGCCAAACACACUCAAUAUGCAGCUCAAGACCCUCACCCUCCUGGGUCUCGCCUCGGCAGUCAACGCCCAAACCCUCGCCGACGUCCUCGCCGAGAACGCGGCUACUCUCUCCUCCCUCACCAGCUUCCUCCAGUCCGAAGAGGUUAUUUACGAGCUCUUUGCCAACGCCCAAGAUGUCACCCUCCUCGCCCCCUCCAACGAGGCCCUCGCCCGUCUGAACGCCACCCCUCUGGCCAACGAGCUCCUCUCCGACCCCAACUACCUCACCGCCUUCCUCGCCUACCACGUCCUCAACGGGACCUUCUACGCCUCCAACCUCACCUCCUCCCCCACCCAAUUCCUCCCCACCAUCCUCGACCUCGCGGCGUACAGCAAUGUCACCGGCGGCCAGAGACUCCAAGUCCAGGCCGCUGACGGCGGCGUGAGCUUCCUUUCUGGAAACGGCGAGCUCAGCACUGUUGAAUCCGCCAACUUCAACUACACCGGUGGCACCAUCCACAUCAUCGACAACUACCUCACUAUUCCCGCCUCUUUGCCUGCCGCCCUCCUGGAGCAAAACCUCACUGCUCUUGUCGGCGCCGUGACGCAGGCUGGUGUUGCCGAGACGCUUACCAACGCGCGGGACAUUACCCUUUUUGCCCCCAACAACGCGGCAUUUGAUGCGAUUGGGAACUUGGUCAGCGAACUGACUGUUGAGCAGCUGACGGGGAUUCUGGGGUAUCACGUCAUUGUCGGGCAGACUGUUUAUUCCAGCCAGAUUGAGGACGGGGCUACGGCGACUACUUUCCAGGGGGGUGAUAUUACGCUUAGGGUGGAGGAUGGGAGCGUUUUUGUCAACAGUGCUAGGGUUGUGAAGGCUGAUGUGCUUUGCGCCAAUGGGGUCAUUCAUGUUAUUGAUGGUGUCCUCAACCCCUCCAACACCGACGCUGAGCCCAACCCUGCUGAGUCCACCCAGGCUCCCGCUUUCUCUGGCGCCAGCAGCACCGGCGGUGUCCCCUUCACCUCUGGCAUCACUGUUCCCACCAGUGCUCCUGCCGAGCCUACUGCUACCUCUGGCCCUGACAGCGGCAACGGUGAUGACACUCCUGUUGAGGCUGGUGCUGCUGCUCAGGGUGCUGCUCUUGGUAUGGCCGCCCUCUUUGGCGCUGCUGUACUCUUGGCUCAGCUGUAAAUUGUGUGAGUCAUAAAAGUUUCUUGGAUGUGCUUUUGACAUCAUGAAUGGGAUGACACGGGUUGGGUUUGGUGAUUGCAUGUAGCGGGAGCGGCUUUCAGGUCUCUGGGUUCGCUGCUGGCUUGGUUGGUUGGUCAUUGGUAAUUUUGUUGGGAUGGAGUUGUGUUGUCUUUUGGUCUUGUUGUUUCAAACUAUUCCCCCAAAGGAGCGUGCUGGAUUUGGUCGUUGGUAGUUGAUGGUGUUGUACUGUAUAUACAUAAUCCCAUGGCAAAUACAGAGUCUGCAUUCAUUCUCUGCUGUGAGUUCUUUGCCUGACCCUUUACCAAGAUUUCCUAGGCUCUCAAGUAUCUUGG